GUUGCCAGGUUGGUUGAAGCCCAUGCAUGUAUGGGAGCUAGAUUACAACGUCUUUGAUCGAGUAAAGUUAAAUAUACAUUAUUAAUUUGCUGCUGUGUUAGACCAGUGACAAGACAAUGAUUCCCUUUUGAACAUCUUCACAUUGCAUCACGGGCACUUAUUUUCCCAUCAAGCACUGAGCGGGGAACGGAGAUGUGACUUCCGCAUCCGCUACGAUUUCGAUUUCGCGGGUCCGCACAUAAAACCUUUCGUUUUUUUAAUGAAAAGAUGUCAACCAAAGAGAACAGAGUGACCACAGCGCGACAUCCAGACACAAGCAUGUCACUGCUGUUUAUGGUUGAACAAGUUAUCAAGUCAUGCAAAGCGGAACAAGCCAAGAUUAACGACAGUAUACAACUCUACAGAGAACUAUUACGGACCUUAACGCCACAACCAAAGACAGACUGUGAUGAGUCAGAAUGUGCAGAUGGUGCUGCUAUAGACACAGUUACUUCACCAGGGGAGAAGGAAGAUAUGGAAUUGCUUGAGCGAGCCCUGGAGAAAGCCCUCCGCGUCCGCACUGGCACAGGAUCUUCCAAAAAAGCCUCAAAAAAACAAUCUGCACCUCAAAAAGAGCCCGGCACCACAGCUGGCUCAUCCAAAGAGGGAAGGCAGGCAUCCGCAGCUUCUAAAGGAAAUCAGACGACCACCAGAUCAACCUCUAAAUCUGCCAGUCUUGACAGAAAACAGCACAGAAAGCCUGGUAUGUCAGUGUCAAAACCUUCAGCUAGCUACAAUCCUGGGCCGUGCAAAACCACAAUCAAUAGAAAAAAUCAGAAUUGUCCUGUCCCAUCAGGUGGAAUUGUGCAUCAACAGGCAGCAGCAAGGAAAUCCCAGCAGGCUGUCUCAGCGUCUGACUCUCUUGAUCGGGGUCAAUUACACACCUCAACCCGCCACUCUAAAGACCAGACCAUUAGAAGCAACGUGCUGAGUGGAAAUGACCCGGGCAGAGCUGCAGCUAUCUCCAUUCCUUCAGAUGACACAGUGCCUGUUUCACACACACAGGGGUCUGGAGCUCACAGUGUACUUCGACAGAAUGGGAACGCUUCUGAUCAAACUUCAAAAUGGAAAUCUCUGAGGAGCAAGCAAAACAGGUUAUGGGACAAAGUUGUUGCCCUACAAAGGAAACCUGCGCCUGGGAGGAGUCACUUCAUGGAGAGAAUGAGAGCUACGUUCCCCAAGGAUUGGCCAUGUGGCUGCCCGGACCAGACCAGGGCUCUGGUCAACAGGCUGACUCACACAGGGCAUGACCUCACCCAGCACUGCCUGACAAAAGAGCUUCUGGCCAAAGAGAUGCCAGAAGCAGCCACAGAGCUGGGUGGUAAGGCAAACAAGAAUGACUGCUUUCUGACACUUGAAAGGUUGUCGAUGACAGCAGCACAACUCCAGAACUUUGCAUACCAAGCGAAACAAGAGUGGGAAACAUGGGAUCGAUGGAGGCCAGAGGCAGGUUGUCUUUGCCCCACUGGGGCAAAUGGCGUGUGGGGAGAUGAGAUGAUUGCACCCCUGCCCCUGACUAUAACCUACACGACAGAGGCAGAGUUCAGAAAGCUGGAAAAGCUGAGGAUGAGGGUGGCACUGCUGCAACAGGAGAUGUACCUCGAGCAGGCUCUGUUGGACACUCUGUCCCCUCAUCUUUCGUCUAUAGUACCUGGGCCUGGAUGUCCCAACAUCAGUGUGCUGAGAAACAUGUACUCCCUGCUGGGUGAAGGAGGGGAGCGCUUCCCGGCCAUAGUCUUGGACUGUGAGCUUGACUGAUUACAGAGCAUACUACACAGAGUUACCAGUUAUACUCUGUUUACCUCUUCUUUACAUGCACAAGAUAAAUCAAAUAUUACCUCUCAAUAUAAUAAUGAUGAUAAUAAUCCAGCGUAGUUGAAUCAUAUCCCUCUGACACCGUCCCAACAAUAAAAUGAAUUGCAAGACCAUUAUAUUGGAUAGCUUAAGGGCAAGAAGGUGUACAUAAUGUCGUGGUACUCAGUGCAUAUUUGUCCUUAAAUCAAGGCGAUUGCUGUGAAGAUUUUUGUUGGUGUUCUGUGACUUGCAUGACUGAAAAGUCAUGUUUAUUAUUUAUUUUUCUUUUUUUCUUUAUUGAUGUUUCUGACUGUGAAGUGCUACAUUUACAGGUUACAGGUUACAGGUUACACGGUUAAUUUAGCUUUAGAGGCCCAAGAAUGUUCUCAACCCAUACAGGAACAUUAAACCCUUCAAUUUAUCUGAAAUAUGAAAUAUCACCAAAUUUGGAUUGGCAUGGAUUUACCAAUAAUGAGAUGCGUUAACUACAUGACGUCAGCAUGUGGCGAAUAGCUUUUACAGUCUGGAUCUUUGUAAUUCCAGAUUGGCCUUCUCAGAAAUAAUUCAGUUUGAACAGUGUAGAUUUAUAUUUUUCUAAUGGUUCAUUGCUAGUUCCAUGUUUAAACUAUAUUUUGAUUUAGAUUUUUGGUGUAGAAUUGUACUGCAAUAAUACCAAUUAAUACCUAGAAUAAUGGAAAACCGUGACCAGAGGUCAGUAAUGGAGCUCUUGGAACCCCUACUGUACCAGCAGAUGGCAGUCAACUCACAGGACGAGUGACCAUAGAACACACAGGUGACGAAUGUUAAUCGCUUGUUUAGUUAAUAGUGUCGCACCGAAAGCAAUCAAUCAAUUGGCAGUUGGAUUCAAUCUGUGACCUAGAAAUCUGGAAAUAAAACAACAACAAAAACAAGUAUUUU